GACGUGUGGCGACCAGAAGUGGACAGUCAAGUGCCGCAGCGGCGUGCGGCUUCAAGUGCCGCGGUGGCGCGGUGCUUCCGUGCACCGGGGUCACGCCGACAACCCAGCACGCGCCAGCUCCCGAGACGCCCUCUCCGGUGAAGGCGCUGGCCCAAGUGACGGGGCAGUUGUCCACGAUCGCCGUCAAGCAAGAGGUGGUGGAGCAGCUCUCGGGGGCCCUGGUGGAGAUCUCGAAGGACGCCACGAGGGCCUACGACAGAGCGUUCGACGCGAAGGAACUGGCCCGCCAAAAGUUGGAGAAGGCGGAAAGCGACCUCAUUGAGAGGGCGCAGAAGGUCGUGGAGGCGGAGCAGCUGGUCGAGAGCCAGCAGAAGUCGCUGCUCUACGACAUCAGGACGGUAAAGACUGAGUCCCUCUGCGCUGAGUCCCUGGCGGACUUCGGCGCCCCCUGCGAGGUCAGCCCAGAGGAUUUGGACCAGGAUGCGAUCGAGCUGGCGGUCAAAGCGAAACAGCAGAUGCUGCUUGAGUUUCGGACGCGCACGAGAGAGUUCCUGAGGCAGCUCAAGCCGCUCUACGACGCGGCGAAGGAGAAGGCGGCCAAGGAACGCACUGAGGCGCUCCAG